AUGCUUACAAUACAAUUUGGACAAUGUGGGAAUCAAGUAGGACAUACAUUAUUCUCAAAAAUAUCAUCUGAUCUGGAAUGUGUAAAUACAGGUGUAUCGUAUAACGCUAAUUACGACUAUUCAGAAGAUACAUUUAAUAAAUGGUUUAGUGGUAUAUCUAAAGAUAAUAAACGCUUAGCAAGAGCAGUUCUUGUAGAUACAGAACAGAAGGUUAUACACAAAGUUUAUAAUGAGAUAAAUGCUCCAUGGACAUAUUCAACUAAAAAUGUAAUUUGUCAAACUGAAGGGGGUUGCGCAAAUAAUUGGGCAUUUGGUUAUUUAAGAAAAGGAUAUGAGUUGAGUGAUGUGAUAUUAAAUUGUAUAAGACAAGAAGUGGAAGCCUUAGAUCAUUUUGAUGGAUUUCUUUCAUUUCUUAGUUCUGCUGGUGGUACAGGUUCUGGUGUUGGAAGUUAUAUUACAAAAUUGUUGCGUGAAGAAUAUGACAAAAAAUCAAUUAUUACCACAACAAUAUUACCAUUUUCAUUUGGUGAAGUGUGUACACAAAACUAUAACACAUUGUUAACUUUGGCAAAACUUUACAAUGAAAGUGAUGUAAAUAUUGUAAUAGAAAAUGAACAAAUAUAUAGUAUGUGCACAAAUUUAUUAAAGAAAACAUCUACAAAUUUACAAGAUAUGAAUGAAAUUAUUUCAGAAAAGUUAUUGGCUGUGUUGCAACCAAUAAAUCAUGUCAAAUAUAGUGUAAAUUCAUUGUUGUCUAAAAUAGCAUGUCAUCCUUCUUAUAAAAUAGCAACAAUCAAGAGUACUCCACAUGUACCUACAACAUCUGCAAAGUAUGAACCAAUAUGUAAUUGGAAUUUAUAUGUACGUCAUUUAAAACAAACACUUAGAAUACCACAUUUAAAUUCACAAUUAACUGAUGUGGAACUAAAAAGGCCAUCUAGUUCAUUAAGUAACACCAUGCAUCAUGCAUAUGCCUGUUCAGUAUCAAAUAUUCUGGUAACACGUGGAAUAACAACACAGGAAGAUCUAAUCAUGACCAAUGAAUUUAGAGAAAAACAUCUCUAUGCAGAAUGGAAUACAAUUGAUUGGUUUUCUCAUUUGCAUCAAAAUCGAAAAUUUUUAAAUUAUAAAAAAUUUCUUGCCUUGAUAACUAAUAAUUCUGAAAUUUCUUAUCCUUUGGACACACUUUUAAGUAAAGCUUGGAAUACUUAUGUUCAUUCUGCAUAUUUACAUCAAUAUAAACAAUUUGGUUUAGAAGAGGAUGACUUUUUACAAGCAUUUGCAGUACUUGAAAAUGUUGUAAAAGAAUAUAAGGAAUUAGUUCCUUAUGUAAAAAAAGAAUAA